UGACUGGUGCUUAGUUUACUGUAAUUGGCAAGCUUGCCAAACGAUUGGGUCAAAAAAUACGUGUGGAGUGUGGUCUAAAAAAUCAUCCCGGUUGUGGUUCCUAAAAACAUGUUGUCCUAUUUUGGCUAUUUCAGACUUCCUGUCCUGAAUAGAGUGAUGCCUAUGGCCACCGACAUGUCCCAGUACUUACCCAACCGCACGCUGGCGUCCACCCAGACCCCGAGCAUGGACCAGGCCGAGGAGGACCUGGACAUCUCCCUGGACAACCUCAACCAGAUGAUCCUGGAGCUGGACCCCACCUUUGAGCCGCUGCCCAUCUCCCGCCACAGCCCUGGACGGAACAAACACUCAGUCUCCUCUCCAGACGACUCCCCUGAGGAGGAGGACAUGGGCCCCUGCGUGCUGGUGUCCCGAGGCUGCUCCUCCACCGUGGAGGUGGACUACUCCACCACCUCCUCUUCCUCCUCCUCCUCCUCCUCCUUCUCCAGAGCUCGCGUCUCCCCCUGCACGCCCGCCGUCUCCGUCGUGGGCGCCUCCUCCCGCGGCGUGGCCAUCCCGCAGCACGUGGGCUCCGUCAGCCCGCACGGCUCCGUCGUCUUCUCCGACUCGACCUCCUCCUCCUCCUCCUCCUCGCGACCCCCGCUGCCCUGCGGAGGCGGAGGAGGAGGCGGUGUGAUGAUGGGAGGCGUGCAGAAGAGGAGACCCCGGCCGCCGUCCCAGCAGACGGAGGUGGCCGGCUCUCCCGGGACCCUGUGCUUGUCCCGCAGCUCGCUCCGCGGCAGCGCCAACUCGCUCCUGUCCACGUCCCCGGGCUCCGACACCAGCUACAUCAUGGGCAGUUGUCAGUCGCUCCUCAGCGAUGACACCGACAGCAGUCCAGAGAACCUGACGCCCAGCGGUUCCCUCGGCGACGUGUCGCGCGGCCACAGAGGCUUCGGCAGCCGGCAGCUCCACGGCGUGCCGCUGUCGCCGUACCUCAACUCCAGUCCGUCCGGCUCCCUCACCGACAUCCCCGUGGUCCUCCUCAACGGAGCGCCGCACCCCGGCACGCCUGAGGCCCAGAUCCGAGUGAUCCAACACCACAGCGUCAGGAGCGCCUCCAGGUCACCGUCGCCCCAGGAGACGCCGACGCCCACGUCCCUGGACAGGAGGCCAUUUCAUGGCAGCCAACCUAAUAUGAAAUUCGUGAUGGACACCUCCCAGUACUGGUUUCGGCCGCAGAUCACCCGUGAAGAAGCUGAAGCCAUCAUCCGAGACCAGGAACCAGGAUCCUUUGUAGUGCGAGACAGCACAUCGUACAGGGGCUGCUUUGGCCUCGCAAUGAAGGUCCACCCAGCGUCCAGCAGUCCAGCUUCCCCCAGCAAACCAGAUGAUCCCACAGAUCAAAUUAGACACUUCCUUAUCGAGUCCUCUGCCAAGGGGGUGCGUGUCAGAGGAUCUUCACAUGAGCCCUACUUCGGGAGUCUCUCUGCCCUGGUCUAUCAGCACACUAUCUCUCCUUAUGCACUGCCCUGCAGACUCGUCAUCCACUCUCAAGGAGUGAGGAAAGAUGAGGAGGGAUCCCCAACCACGUCCCCCAGUGAUGAGCCUAGUAAGACUGCGUGCAACUUCCUGUAUUUAUGUGCGGUUCCCACGGAGAUGCUGACGGGCCCCUGCGCUGUGCAGAAGGCCGUGUCCAUGGUCUUUGAGCAGGAGGCGGAGGCCACGCCCACAGUGGUCAACCUGAAAGUGUCGCCCAAGGGUGUGACUCUGACCGACAUCCAGAGAAAGCUCUUCUUCAGACGGCACUUCCCUGUCCACUUACUGAGCUAUGGUGGCGAGGACCCCGAGGAGAGAAGGUGGCAGAAAAGCUGCAAAUCAGCCAGGAUGUUUGGCAUCGUGGCUAAAGGUGUGGAGGCCAGCGCAGAGAACGUGUGCCACGUCUUCGCCGAGUACGACCCGCUCCAGUCCUGCGGCCUCUCCCUCCAGCUCAUCCACAACAUCAUCUCCAGCGCCCAGGCAUAGGCACCUGUGCAGGUGCCGUGCACAGGUGUGCGAGGAGAGCAGAGUGACUGAGUCACGGACCGACCGUCGUCUGGGGUCGUUUGAGGUCACUGACCUCAGGGACAUGCGUGGACAGUAAGCACGCCGAGCUGGCGUGUCGUGGGGACCACAGACUAUGACGACAGAAAGCGUCCGAUCUGACAGGAUUGUACAGGGCAACAGGAUUGGCUUCAAUGCCGGGGACGACCAGUAGAUGGCGUGACUGCUUUCAAAAUGGCUUCGGUGGACCAAAACUCCUCCAGCUGAAUACUCUUGCUUUGAAUGGCUUUACUUGUUGCCCUCAAAGGGAACCGGACGAUACUUUCAGAGGUGCCACUAGGCCUUUUGCACAUGUCUACAAACACACUUGUAGUUGUAAGCACAGGGCUGCUUUGUAACCACUAGGCUACUUUCGUGAGAGACAUACUGUACUUAUAGGGAAUCACGAAAAUAUGUACUGAGAAUACAUCUAUACAAGGUAUACAAUAUAUAUUGGACUGAUUUCUACAGUAAAAUGUAAGAGACCACUUCCCAAGGUUUCUUACUGCUUGUUACUGUACUGCACUUUUCUACUGAAAUGUUUGUUACAUUUGAUGCUUUGGAUGUUAAUGUGAAAGUUGUUUGCACAAAGUUUCACAUUGAAUGUUAUAAUACAAACAUAUACUGUACAAUACAAACUGAUGUUCAUGAUAGAAAAAAAACAACAACAAUGAGAUUAUGAUUUUAGCCUUUUAUUUAAAUUAUCUCAUCACUGGAUAAUAAAAUGCAUAUAAUUUCUUCUUGAAAAGUAAAA